CGACUUUCGGGAACAAUAGAACAAUUAAGUACCCAAAAAAUAGAAAGGGCGGGUAUUGUAAACCCUCGUUGUGUCGUAACUCCAAUCAUCGCAACAUCGGCGGCCUCUGUCCGUGGUGGUGCAGCUAUUUCGUUUCUUCGCCGAGGUAAUUGAAUUUCUAUAAUGGUGAGUGGGAAGCGAUCUUAUGGUCAGAGGGACAACAAUGGAGACAAUAAGAGCCACAAGAGACGGAUUACCGACCAAGAUGAUUGGGUUAGUGAUGAACUGGUCGUUUACCGAAUACUGUGCCCUGAUGAGGUCAUUGGAAGUGUUAUUGGUAAGAGUGGGAAAGUGAUAAACUCAAUAAGACAAGAAACAAGGGCAAAGAUUAAGGUGGUUGAUCCAUUUCCUGGUGCCAAGGACCGUGUUAUAACAAUAUUCUGCUUUGUCAAGGAUAGGGAGGAUGUGGACAUUGAUGAUGAGUUCAAUGACAGACAAACAUUAUGUGCAGCCCAGGAUGCUCUUCUUAAAAUUCAUGCUGCUAUUUCCAAUGCGCUGGCUUCUGCUGGAGAUUUAGACAGGAAUCUGAGGGAUAAGGAACAAUGCCAAGUUCUCAUCCCUUCGAGCCAAUCUGCUAAUGUCAUUGGUAAAGCAGGAUCAACUAUUAAAAAGCUUAGAAGCAAGACAAGGACUAGUAUAAGAAUCAUCCCCAAGGAUGCCUCUGAUCCAAUUCACUCAUGUGCAAUGGAAUUUGACAAUUUCGUCAUGAUAGCUGGUGACCCUGAUGGAGUAAGACGGGCACUAUUUGCAAUAUCUUCAAUUAUGUAUAAGUUUCCUCCUAGAGAAGAGAUUCCUCUUGAUACAAAUGUAAAUGAAGCCCCUCCUAGUAUAAUUAUCCCGUCAGAUGUUCCUCUGUAUUCAACAGGAGGACUAUAUCCAAGUGCAGAUCCCAUUCUUCCUCCCAGAUCUAUUCCACCGAUGCUUGGUGCCCAACAUGUCCAGGAUCUUCAUGAUUACCCUGAUACUGGGAAUGCAUGGCCUCUCUAUUCAUCUGCUCUUCCUAUGGUUUCUAGUAUUAGCAGUCAUCCUCCAUCGGAGGAAUUGGUGGUUAGAUUAUUAUGCCCCCUUGAUAACAUUGGCCGUGUCAUUGGUAAGGGUGGGGGUACCAUUAAAAGCAUAAGGCAAGCUAGCGGCGCUUGUGUGGAAGUUGAUGAUUCCAAGCGUGAUUGUGAUGAAUGCUUAAUCACUAUCUCGUCAUUUGAGUAUUUGGAUGAUCUGAAAUCAAUGGCCGUUGAAACCGUGUUAUUGCUGCAAGAGAAGAUUAAUGAUGAUGAAGGUGGAAUGGUGAUCAUGCGACUACUUGUUCCAUCUAAAGUUAUUGGUUGUAUUAUUGGAAAAAGUGGUUCAAUCAUCAAUGAGAUUCGGAAGUCAUCUAGAGCUGAUAUCCGUAUUUCUAAGGGUGACAAAAUUAAGUGUGCUGCUGCCAAUGAUGAACUUGUUGAGGUAACCGGUAAUGUUGGCAGUGUGAGAGAUGCAUUGGUCCAGAUCGUGUUAAGGCUUCGUGAUGAUGCUUUGAAAGAGAGGGAUGUUGGUCAUAACCUUGCUGUCGGUACUGAUUCCAUGUAUUCAUCUGGUUCCAGUUUUUCGAUGCCAUCUGUAUUGCCUUCUGUUUCUCCUGGUGCUCCACCAAUGGGCUAUGAUCAGAGGGCUGAAAGUGGAAGCGGUUUAGGCGCUCUCUCUUCAAGUAGCAUAUAUGGAUAUGGAUCACUGUCGAUGGGAGACAAUGGCUAUGGAUCCAUGCCCUCAUAUUCAUCCAAGUUGUAUGGAGGGAGGCUGCCUCCUCCAUCUUCUCUUGAGAUGUUGAUCCCAGCAAAUGCCGCUGGUAAGGUUAUUGGAAAAGGAGGGGCUAAUAUCGCCAACAUUAGGAAGAUAUCAGGAGCGCUGAUAGAGAUUUCAGACUCUAAGUCAUCUCGAGGUGAUCGUAUUGCUCUUAUAUCUGGUACAUCUGAACAGAAGCGCACAGCUGAAAACUUGAUUCAGGCAUUUAUAAUGGCUACAUGAGAAGGAAGAUGACCUUAUGUUUGAAGGUUACUAGAUGUAAAUCUUCCAUUUUAGUUCAUCCUCCGUAGAUCUCCCUAGGUUCAGUUCUGGAGAGGGUACCUCCUCUCGCAUUCAAGUUCUUGAGUUUUUUUCCCCAUUAAAUGCUUGUCAGGAUGAAAUGGGAGGACCUACAGCUGAUUCAUAUCUAGGGUUCCUAGAGCUUUUGUUUCUUAAUCUAUUCUUCUGUGGAUUCUUAGAACGUAUAGGAUCUUUCCUUUCGUACUUGUAUGUCUGGCCUUAUCUUUUAUCAGUUGGGAUUUCAUCUCAUUUCCAAUGCUGUCGUACUCACAUUAUAUGAUGAUUAUGCCAGAUGGGUUCCAGUAUGGUCGUUAUUCUCAAUCUUAUAACUGUGUGCGAUAUUUUUCUGUCCAUUCUAUCUCCUACUCAGUUUCUUGGUGGAAGAAGUUCUCAAGCAUUGAUCAUUAUUCUCAAUGCAGUUGGUAUUGCUCUUGCCUAUUAUAGAUCUUUAUAACUAUGACAAGUCACCUCAAUAGAAGAGAUUAUUUCCAGAACCAACUGAAGUUUUCAUCAAAGAAGUUUCUAUUAUGAUUCCUUGUUCUGUACUUCAUGACACGGUUCCUACCAUCUCGGUAGGUAGGUGCUAAAUAGCAUCAUAAACUCUGUUUUCUUACCUCUGUUUGAUAUUUUUCCUUCCCUCAUGCCCUUUAUUUAAUAGCCAACUGUGAAAAUUCCAUAAUAUAUGCUCUGCAGAACUGGGCCUGAAAUUCAUUGGACAUGAGAAGGUUCACUCCCUGAAUACUGAUUCCCUAAUAAUAUGCUGAUUCCAUUUUCUUGUGAGAAUUAUUUUUAGAGCAUUCUCAUUGGGAGGAGCAAGGGGGUUUGGUGCUCUUCACUUCUGGAGGGAAGUUUAGCCCAAUGUCUUAGGUUGAUGUGAAAGAGAGAUUAGUUCUAUCUUUCUACAGUAAUUCCACAUUUACCUGAAAACAAGUGCCUGUACAGUAUGGAACAUUUUUCAAAAAUUGUUUUAAAAUGUUUUUCCGUAAUGUUCUCAAAGUUUUAAUUUGGUAGGAUCUCGUCUUUGUUUCUUUCAAUUUUUAUCUCUCAAGAACAUGAUAAAAGUUAUUAUAUUUUUUACACUUUUUAUUUGAAACAAAAAUAUAUUCCAAACAGGAAAACAACUACCUAACAAAUUUUUAACCGCAUACAAGCACAUUUAUACCUGAUUUUUUUACUUUUCAAAACACAACUUUUAUCCGCUAACUUUUUCCUUGUUUCCAAUUCCUUUUGUAAUCACUCUUUUACUGUAGUAGUCAAUCGUAGAGCUUUCACGUGCAACUCAAUCCUUUUCUUAUGUUCUCUUUUGGUCUACUUCAUUAUUUUAAUGACAUUGUUUUAUUUCCUAGCCAAUAAAAUUACUAAUUUCAAAGAGGAAUUACUGAAGAAUGAGCGGUUAGGCUUACUCCAUUAGGGUAUGUAAGAGAUACAGUAAAAUGUUUCCAUGCCCUAGAUCAUCUUGUGUAGAUUCUUUGAUGCCUUCUAAGAAAUUUUCCUUGUGGGAAUGUUUAUGCAAAGAAAUUAUAUGAAUGCAUGAGAGUAAACCUAACCAAUCGAAGUUUGAAGUUUCUUCCUCUUUUAUCGUAGUUGAUGGCACAAUAACUUCUCUCCUGAAUUGAUUAUAUCAAAUUAUCUCAUUUGUGAUUUUCUAAUAUGUGCCAAACCAUCUUCCAUGUUGACAAUUUCAGUUUGCACUCUAGAGCCAAAAAGUUGGCCCUAUCUUGAUAUUAACUUCCAUCUUACCCUCCCCACUCCGCUACCAUAUUUUGAUUGAGCCUUAGGAAGAUCUGCGGUAUUUAGUUUCUAGUGAACUGUGACGUUAUGGUGAUGGGAUUUUCCACCCUCCUGUAUCUAGUUCCUGGUGCAAGAUCUGCUGCCUUUGUACAUUGCUGAAGAUUGAUAAUCACUAUGAUCACUAGGCUGUUUUCAGAAAGCAUUGAUGGUGUAAUUAUUGCAUAUGUUUUCCUCCAUGUUAAAAUUAGGAUGUCUGAUAUUUUGCCCUGGACUUAGGAAAAUGCAGCGCAUUAAAACCUAUAGUUGCUUGUGCUAUACUGGACUUUGAUGUCUUAGCACUUCAUUCUAUUCUCUUCCCUGGCCAAUCCUACAUAAAUAGUAACUUCAGCAGUGGGAACUCUCGGCCACAGUGCAUAAAUACUGAUCUCAUUUAUGAUCUGCUGCCCUCUGAUGUAUAGUGACAGCUUUCUUUUACUAGUUAACUGGAGGCCUCACAAGUAUAGUUGCCCUCUGUUAUGUCUAUCCUUUAGCUUUCUAUUGUGGUGAAUGAAACCCCUUUGCAUUGCAUCGUGACUUACUGCGGCCUAUGUUAGCUGGUGCAACUGCUGGAAUGCUUUUUUUGGCGUUUCAUCAACAAACCUCUAGUUAUGUGGCUACUCCCUGCCCUUUAUUAUUAUUAUGUGGUUAGAAUCCUAUUAUGCCCUUUUUCGAAGUCUGAAUAUGAAGGGGAUAGAAAGGUAUGUCAAAUAGGAUGACAUUGGAUGAAAAUGUGAUUGUUGUUAGGAGGGAGAGAUUUAGAAAAAUGUGUAGCAAAAUGUAGUCAUGGAUUAAUCUAUGGAUGUGGAUCAUGUUGUUGGAUCCCUUGUGAA